AUGACUUCAGCGAUGAGAAUAUUGUCAUAUGGUGUCGCAGCAGAUGCAGUUGAUGAUUACAUACGUAUCGGAGAAAGCACUGCAAUUCAAAGUUUGUGUCACACAUUGGGAAUGGAAAAAUUGUCCAAAGGCAUGGCAAGGUCAAUACGUAGGCCAUCAAAAAAGCCAACCAUUAUUCUUGAAGCAGUAGCAUCUUAUGACUUGUGGAUUUGGCAUGCAUUUUUUAGAAUGCCUGACUCACACAAUGACUUGAAUGUGUUGGACCGAUCGCCUUUGUUUUCUGAUCUUGCGCAAGGUAAAGCUCUCCCUGUCCAUUACACUAUUAAUGGACAUAAUUACGAUAUGGGUUAUUACCUUGCUGAUGGUAUAUACCCUCAAUGGGCAACACUGGUUCAAACAAUUUAUUCUCCCCAAGGAGCAAAGAGACAGCAUUUUGCAAUGACGCAAGAGUCUGCUAGGAAAGAUGUAAAGCGGGCAUUCGGAGUGCUUCAAUCUCGAUUCGCAAUUAUAGGCGGUGUUGUACGCUUUUGGGAUCCGAAAAUGCUUGCCAACAUAAUGAAAAGCUGCAUUAUAUUACAUAAUAUGAUUGUCGAAGAUGAGAGGGAGGAGCACCUUGAUUUCGACUAUGAACUUUCAUCAACCAACGCACCAGUGCAACUUUCCUUUACUCCUACCAAUGACUCCAAUCAUUUUUGUCUCGUCAUUUAG